UCCAUUAAGUUCCUCCCACCUCACACGCUCUCACACAUCUGCUCCAAGAGAGUUUGCCUGUAGCUCGCUAAAAUUAGCUCAUGUAAGUUUAAUAUUUUUACCUGAGAGCGAAAAUAAUUGAAGGUCAACCACAGUGGAUUCAUCGACAUACAACAAGGCUGUCGACAUUUCAAAGAGGCUUAAUUGCUAAUGGAGACACGGCUGAGCCAUUACUGGUGCAGAAGCUUCUGAACUCUGUCAUGUCGGUCUGGCUUUUUUGUGCUUUGCUUGUGUCUCUGAUUGGGCUGGCAGAACAGGACGGGCUCCCACUUUCUAUAAAGGAGUUAAACGUAUCUGAAGAAAAAACUGAAACAUCUAAGGAUGGAGCAUGGGUGUUGAAUGUUGAAUGGACAGAUGAAAAUAAUGAAUUUGAAAAAGUCAGCUAUGACAUAGAGAUCAUUCACACUGAACAGAUGAGGACCGUUCACCUUGAAAAUAUACACGUGAAGGCGGACAAAAGCAGCCAUUAUCACUGGAAAUGGACCUCACCUAUACCGUUGCAGUGCACUUCUCAUUCGGUCAGACUUAGGCGCCGGGAUCAGCAUCGCAUUAGUGAAUGGACAUCAUAUUUGACAUACACAGGUCAAGACCAAAAUUCUUUGAUUUCACAAGUCUAUCCUCGAAAUCAAGUUUUCAUGAUCGGGAGUAACAUCACAUUCUGUUGCAUCUUGAAAACAGAAAAGGCUUCACUGAACAAUUUCUCUAAAUUUGUCAUCCGCAUCAGCAACAGGACCUACAUCACAGAGUCCCACAAAGAUCCCUUUUCCAGAACUUCUGAAUACUUUUCAGAUGUAGACUGUGAAGUAAAAAAUGAAAAAUCAUCUCCUGGCGCGUCAGUAUUUUUUGGCUGUAAGUAUCCUCCAGAUGACCAGAAUCUUACUUGUAUCACACGGGACCUCAGCUUUGUGGAGUGUCACUGGAAACUUGGCCGAAAAACCCAGCUGUACGGUACAAGAGUAACAAACUACACACUUAAUGGAAGAAAAUGUGAAUUCAAUCGAUGUGACCCACUUGAGCUAAAACAGCAGAUUACAAACUGGACUCUGAUUGCCAGAAAUGCACUUGGUAUGAAGAUUGUCACUGACAUAGCUGAUCCCACACACCGAGUAUGGUUGAAAGCACCUUAUAAUAUAUCCCAUGCUGCUCAUGCAAGAAAUGCCACUGUUCAGUGGAGUUGGAGUGUAACAGAAUAUGCUUCACUUCUAAUGAUUUGCCAAGUGAUGCUCAAUGGAAACCUUUACAAUAAAACCUUCAGUGGAAAAGGACUUGCGUCAGUUGUGCUGGAACAUCUGCAGCCCUUUACUAAAUACACAGCUAAAGUGAGUUGUGGAUCUCAUGAGCAUUUCUACCAAUGGGGUGACUGGAGUGAAAUUACUUUUACCACUAAAGAGGACAUUCCAGAACUGGUAGAUAUUUGGAUGCAAUAUUCUGAAAACAACACAUAUGUUCAAUGGAAGCCUCUAUCUCAACAACAAAGCCAUGGGAUAAUAACAGGAUAUAAACUAACCACGAAUAACCUCAAAAGUCCAGUCAGUAUUGGAGCAAAUGAGCUGUGCUACAGUAUCGCCUCUGGAAAUGAAAAAAAUAAUCAAAUAAUUAAAUUGUCAGCAAAAAACUCUGCUGGUCUGUCUCCUCCUUCUGUCUUAAUCGUCCCACGUGAUCCUGGCAAAGAAGUCAGUAUAAGCCGUAUCAAUAGCACUAAUGGUGGACUUGAGCUGUUUUGGAAAAUAUAUCCCAAUUCAACUUGUGGCUAUGUUGUUGAAUGGUUUCCAACCUACAAUAAGACACAAUGUGCUGUAGAUUGGAAGAAAAUCCCAGAAUGUGACGAUGAUGUGUGCCAAACUUGGAUUCCUUCUGGUGAUUUUGAGGCCGGAGAGAGAUAUACUAUCUCAGUCUUUGCCUGCACUGAUGAAGCACCAGUGCUUUUGCAGAGGAGUGAGGGUUACGCUAUAGAGCAAAAACCGCAGGGGACAGUACAGAAUCUACGCGGUCAGCAAAAUGGCAGAAAUGUUGAGCUUUCCUGGAUGGAAGUGGCCUUAGACCAGCAAAAAGGCUUCAUACUGGGCUACAAGGUCAAAACAACCCAUUCCGAAUCCAAAAGGGUCAUCAACACAAUAGAGACAAAGGCGCGUGAAGUUAAUCUGCUAUUAGAUCCAGGAUCCUACAUCUUCACAGUUUGUGCCUUUACAUCAGUAGGGGAAAGCGAAGACGCUAUACUGACAAUGAACGUGGAAACACCAAUUGACCAGAUGCUUGCAGCCACUGUUGUUGGUUGCAGUGCAGCAACUCUUGUCUUUAUCAUCAUCACAGUGCUGUGCUACAGGAAGAGGGAAUGGUUAAAGGACCUUUUGUAUCCAGAUAUUCCUGAACCAAAACUGGCAGGGAAAUGGACUACACAGGGCAUCUAUUGUACCCAGAUAACCGAGGGAUACGUGAAGUGUGAGAUUCAAGAGGUCAACAGCUCAGAUAAUCCUACAACCACAGAAAACCCACCUGGCCUUGAUCCCCACUGCUCUAAAAUGGCACUGCUUCCUGCACAACCAUUGUACUACAAUACUACUUCUCCUUGCGCUAAGAAGCUUAUCUCAAUUAUUGAAAACCCGUCUUACAGUUUGACCACCCCAAGACCAGUCGAUGUUGCCCAGAAGUCUGAGCCUCUUUUGGAAAUGCAGGAUAGUUACCUUCCAGCAACUAAGUUUGCACAACCAGCAUGUAGUUUUCCCGUUGCUGUGGAGGAUACUUACAUUUUUGCGCCUAGGUUUGUGAAACCAACCCCUAUUCUUGUGGAGGAUACUUAUCUUCCAGCUCCUAAAAUUGGGCAACCAUCCUCUAUUUAUGUGGAGGAUACUUACCUUCCAGCUCCUAAAUUUGGGCAGCCAUCCUCUAUUUAUGUGGAGGAUACUUACUCUCCAGCUCCUAAAUUUGUGCAGCCAUCCUCUAUUCUUGUGGAGGAUACUUACCUUCCAGCUCCUAAAUUUGGGCAGCCAUCCUCUGUUCUUGUGGAGGAUACUUACCUUCCAGCUCCUAAAUUUGUGCAGCCAUGCUCUAUUCUUGUGGAGGAUACUGACACUCCAGCUCCUAAAUUUGUGCAACCUACCCAUAUCUUUGUGGAGGAUACUUACCUUCCAGUUCCUAAAUUUGUGCAACCAUCCAAUAACUUUGUGCAGGAUAGUUAUCUUCCAGCACCUAAAUUUGUACAACCUGACUCUGCACAGAAUAAUGUAGUUGUUAAAGACUCAACAGGCUACAAGCCUCAGUCUACAUGACCACAAUAAAACAUUGUGCAUUUACACAGGUGAGUGGGCUUGACAAACACCUGUAGAAACACUCUUCUCUCUCUCUUAAAGUACAACAAAACACUCCCUGCUCCUAUCUCUAGCACUUAAUACUCUGAGCGCAAACUGUUCAUUUGUAUAAUUAGCACUUCUUGUGUGUAUUACAUCUUAUUGUUGAAUCGCUGAAUGCCUCCUCAGCUGUAAGACAGACGCAUCUCCUAAGAUGACUACAUGUAAAUGUACCUCUAAAUGUAUAACUGCAGUAUAUAGACCUCAGUGUUGUGCUAAUGUUUAAAGUCUGUGUGAAACCAAAAUUGACAAUGUUUAUUUUACUAGCGCACCUACCUGGUAAGUCUUAAUGUGAACAGUUAAUCAGUGCCUGGGUAAGUUAAUCCACUGAAAUAAACAGUUUGUUUUGGUAAUCUUUAACCAAAAUCUAGCCUUCAGCUCUGGAAUAGCUGCUCUUCUCUGAUGACUUCAGUUUGACGGCUGAUGAUUGAGUGAAAAGAUGAGAGGCGGUGCAAAAAAAAGAACCCUGUCCCUUGCUCAAUAGUCAGUUUGAGUUGGAAAUGCAUCAUCAUACUGAAAUAAAAGGCAUACUAUGUAUGUAUGUAUGUAUGUAUGUAUGUAUGUAUGUAUGUAAAUGUCAGUGAAUUCAUGUUAUUUAUAUGGUAUUAUACUGUUUUCUAAAAACGAUCUCUUGAAAGGAGUUGUGUUGUUUUUAAAUACUGUGAUGAAAUAAAGCUUUUGUCCUUUCUUAAAAUUA